AUGUUGAUUCCAAAGGAGGACAGAAAAAAGAUUCACCAAUACCUCUUCCAAGAGGGUGUUGUUGUCGCAAAGAAGGACUUUGACCAACCAGCCCACGAGGACAUUGACACCAAGAACUUGUACGUCAUCAAGGCCUUGCAGUCUUUGACCUCCAAGGGUUUCGUCACGACCCAGUUCUCUUGGCAAUACUACUACUACACCUUGACCGACGAAGGUGUGGACUUCCUCAGACAAGAGUUGAACAUCCCCGAGGGAAUCUUGCCAAUGACCAGAUUGAAGGGUGCCCCAGCUCAAAGACAAGGACCUUCCUCCAGAGGCCCACAAGGAAGAUUCGGUGGUGACUCUUACAGAAGAAGAGCCAGAGAUUAA